UUAAGCCAUUAUUUCAGGAGGCUGACAUGAGUGAAAUGUGUUCAUGGGCCACAGCUUUGAAUGUUAACAUCCUACUUAUAGUGUCACCAAAAUGUGCCACUGUUUGCUUCUAAAUUAAGUUAGCACGUUUGAUAACUGUUCCAGAUUAGGCCACACAGCGUUAUCUUUUUUAAUGGAUCAAUGCAGAGCAAAGCGAAGUAUUUUCACAAGGAUUAUAAUAUCAAAGCCAUCUCCUUAGGAAAGCAUAAUUUAAACAAAUGUAGCUUUAUAAUUCAUUAAUGAGGAGAACAGUAUGGUGUUACAGUAUGUAUUUAUAGUGGAGGUGACCAGUGUCUACUUAGCAUUGUAAAUACGCUUAUUUUUCCCCUGUUUUCGGCUGCAUCAACCAUGUUUCACCCGAGUACAUCUUAGAUUUGCUUCAGUUUUGCAAAAUUUGCGAAGAUUCGGCGAACAAUGAAACCCGAAGUUGUGUUAAAAGACACGCCCACUUCUCUGCAGAAGAAUCAAGGUCAUUCACGAAUUUGCCAUCAGCUGUGCGUAAUUGUCUACACCAGCCAAUGGGCGCACAGAUAGGUCGAUCUCCAGCUCCCGCGCCUGUGGUUAGGAAAACCUGUGGAGCCACCGCAAGGAAUGAACAUUUCAGCUGAGAGGUGGUUGUGAAGAGGGGUCUAAUGGAGGAGGCCAAAUAGUGACGACAGUGGUAUCGUUCAGGAAACUGAUGCCUUCUUAAAUUGUUUCUGUCGUCUUAGAUUUUUCUUUUUACAUUAAAUCAGAUGGGUAGCUUUCAUUCGAGCUAUUUCUAACUUUUUGAAAAUUAUUUAUAUAAUUUGAGAGUUACUUGUAAGCAAGAUUUUUACGCUCUCAGGAAGAUGUCUGACAGAUCGCAGACCCCGGAGAUCCAAAGUCGACCUUAUGACUUCAGCCGGGCUGGCGCUUGCAACACUCAGGUUUUGGGUCAGGAAGGCACGGGCAACUCUUCGUGUUUUCAGCUUCCUCAUGGGGUUUUACCCGACCCGAGUCUGCUUUACAGCAAGCCAGCCUACGGAGGGAUCACACCCGCACCCACCCAGACGUUUCUCCCGUUUCCACACGUCGCCAGUGACUACCGAGGAUCCGAUCUGCAGGCUGGGGACUUUGGGCAGCCAAAGCAUUGGUAUCCCUUCCCUGCACACGAGUACACUGGCCAGGUACCCGGCGUGAUUGCAGCCACCCAGCCAACAAACCUGAGCCCCCCGAUAGCCGAGACUCGGGAGCAAAUCAGAUUACCCGAGAUCAAGACCGAGAAGGACACUGGAUAUGAUUAUCCGACCGAAAUGAAGGUUCAACAGUAUCCGAUUCCUGCACCUUCCACAAGCAUGACCCAUGGAGUCUUCUACCCACCGACUUGGAACCCCUCCUUCUGGCCCGGGAUCACUCACAUCACCCAACCAGGAAGCAAUAACCAAAACCCCUCUGCGUCCUCGACAUCGUCCCCGUCAAUGUCCCCUUCACCCCCAAGCAAUGGGACCCAGGGGAAUGCGUUUUUCAGCGUAAACGCAAACCAGGUUCCUUCACAGCCCCAGGCACAGAACACGGCUCCCAACACGCGGAGCAGCGGAUCCUCAAGUGGGGGUUGCAGCGAUUCUGAAGAGGAGAACCUCACCACUGAAGAACUAGAGCAAUUUGCCAAAGAAUUGAAACACAAACGGAUUACUUUGGGGUUCACUCAGGCAGAUGUUGGCCUAGCUCUUGGUAACCUUUAUGGCAAAAUGUUCAGCCAGACAACCAUUUGCCGCUUUGAGGCUCUGCAGCUGAGCUUCAAGAACAUGUGCAAGCUGAAGCCCCUUCUGCAGAGAUGGCUGGAUGAGGCAGAAACUUCGGAAAAUCCUCAGGAGAUGUACAAGAUUGAGCGAGUGUUUGUCGACACCAGAAAGAGAAAGCGGAGGACCAGUCUGGAGGGAGCGGUGAGGUCUGCAUUAGAGGCCUACUUUAUCAAAUGUCCCAAGCCCAACACUCAAGAAAUAACACAAAUCUCAGAUGAUCUGGGCCUGGAAAGAGAUGUGGUGCGUGUUUGGUUCUGCAAUCGAAGACAGAAGGGGAAGCGUCUGGCCCUGCCGCUGGACGAGGAGUGUGAAGGCCAGUACUAUGAGCAGAGCCCUUCACCAUUGAACAUGGCCCCUACUCCCAUCCAAGGCCAAGCCUACCCAUCCUCCAGCUACACUGGAACACCUCCUCCAACCCUCUACAUGGCCCCACUUCACCGACCGGAUGUUCUGAAACAUGCUCUGCACCCUGGACUGGUUGGUCACCUGACUGGUUAAACUGGUGGGUAGUCUCCCAACCACACUACAGUUCUUCCUCAAACAUCCAUCUACACCCAACCUGAGCUGAAAAUGGGAUCUGAUUCCAGUUGACUUGAUGUGAAACAAGGCAAAUAUCAAGUGGGAGAGGGCUGUUUCUUUUUGACUAUCAAAAAAAAAAGGACAAUAAGCCUUAAUCAGCAUUUGUAAAUCAGUGCCUUUCUUUUCUUGUCUUGUGGAUAUUUUAAACUUUCAGUGUUUUGCAGAUUUGUACUUUGUUUUCUGAUACGGAGGUAAAGUUAUAAGGUUAGACUUUUAAUACUGCUGAACCCCAGAGUAGGCUUGACCACAAAUUAUUCAGUCAUGUCUAUUUGUGCAAUACUUUAUCAGAAACCAAAAGCUGUUGGUAACAUUAAACUUAGCUUUUUUUUUUAUUUGCACAAACUUGUAAUCAUCACUAUUGCCAUAACAGAUGGGUUUAUGGUUGCAUGUAUUGUAAUUUAAAAUCAAGAAGAUUUGAGAAGUGAAAAUAGGAAGUGUUCAUCAGUAUUGGCUGCUAAUUUUUUUUUUUUUGUUUUUACAAGUUUCUUAUCGCAACUUCUUUGCGAUUUGUAGGGUUCUGUAUGCUGUGGUUUGGCAUCCAGUUCAAGUUAAAUUGCUGGGUUUUCUUUUUUACUUCAGCUGAAACGUUUAAAGAAAAUGUUCUUUACUUAAACCAUGUGCAUCAAGUCCUUAAGUGCUGUUAAAUUAUGACCACGCUAAAGUAAAGUCUGAUUUGCUUUGAAUCUUAUUUUCCUUUGUUUCGUGUUGACCUGAAGAUCUGACAUCAGUGCGUUUGUAAUGUUCACUCUAGCUGUUAGCUGUUUAAUGUGAAAUUACUAAAAUCGACAAAGAAUUCUAAUAUAUUGCGGCAGAGAGAUAAUCAUCUGAAAACACCUCCCAAGAAAUUUACAUGUGCUUAAAAAUCAAGCUGCUGUUUUUAGUUUAUGUUUUAAUGUUUGAACAUGCAAUGAAUUGUCUUUUACUUCCAGUAAAUCUUUUCUGAUAUCAAAAACCUGUUUCGUUUUAUUACUUAAAAAAAGAAACAUCCUUAAAUGCAUGUUAAAAGGGGGAGAAAAAAAGUGAA